AUGAAACUCUGUCUCGUUUUCUGCGCAACAAUUUUUGCAUUUGCAAUCACCCCAACUUCAGCAAUCAUCCAUACCGUUUUAAUGGAUUAUUGGGACCAAAUCGAAAAAGAAUUCAAGCCAACAGAUGAUCAAUACAAUAUAUUCAUUUUUUCUGAAUAUUCAGAAGAUCGAAGAAUGGUGGCGAAUAGUGCGAGAUCGAAUGAAACAUCACUCACUGUGGUUAUUCACGAAAGUCAUUGGUUAAGAUUGAAAGUUGCAUGCGCAAAUAGCUGGAAACCAAAGAUGAUCGAACUGAAUAUACUUACGCGACACCUUCAUCUUGUUGUGGAUUGUGAAUCGUUUCAGGUGGCAUCACAACCACAUACACAUUAUGUUCGAAAUGCGCUAAUUGUUCUCGUGGUUUUGUUGGUUGGGUUAGUUUCACCUUUAAAUUAAAAAAAAUCAAUAAAUACUUGACUUUUCAGUUUACUUGUCUGGAAGAGGGAUUCUAUCAAAACAUUCAUCACUGAUCGAUAUCAAAAUUCAAAUGUUAUUCCACAUGAAUUUGCUGUUUAUAACAAUGCAUAUGGAGCGAGUCAAGACAAUGUCAUGAAUUUAGCAUAA